CAUCCCUUCUGACAACACCGUACUCAAAAUCCAUUUCGUACUCAUUUAUCGUAUCAAGAGAUUUUGUUUCUAUAUUUUGAACUAAAAUUCCAAAUGAGACACAAUACCAAAUCGCUUCUUAGCCGAAACACCAACUCCACUUUGUUCACCGGCUUAGCACCCAACCAUUACUGAGACCAUGGACCACCAGUUUAUGUUCGUCUGUUGCUUAUUAACAAACCUCAGUAACCCAUGCAACCACCAGUUAACCUCGCAUCACCCAGCUUCCAUUUUAGCCAUUAACUCCUCCUCGAGAAGAAACACGCAAACAUCUGCAAUCGCUGUUACAAAUACAACAACCACCACCACGACAACACCUUAUUUCUAUUUUUGUUUUUCUCCUCAAUCCCAAGCACUCAUUGCGGAGUGGCUUCACACGGACUCAAAAAGAACAAUUGUAGGAGUGGAUAUGGACCUUGAGAAACUUGAAUGGAGCUUAAGGAAUAAUGUUGAUUCAAAUGGGUUCUUUAAUGUUCUACAUGCAGAGCUUUACCAAUAAGGCUUCAACUAGGGAUGUAAUGAAACUUAAGGAUGCUAGGAUGGAGGAUAUGCUCCACCGUAGAACAAGGGAUAAGCCUCCACUAUUCUCUGGAAGCAGCAACGCAAGAUUCUCCUUACAUUUUCAUACAGCUGGAGACUGUAAGUUUUUCCUUCAUUUCUACCUUAUGUAUUUACAUUUCCCUUUAGGCCUGUUAAGCUAUCUAGUAGUGUGAACCUAACUCUCUUGCUGGCUUGCUGCAUUUUUAACUUUUUUGGAUUUCGAUUGAUUGUUGUGAAGUAAUUCACUGAGGCGCGAUGGUUGAUUUUUGUCCUGAUUAGAUUACUCUUUUUGUUCUUAAUUGGUUGAAAUUACUUUAAUAGAUUGCUGUAAGAUUAUUCAUUCGAUUGUAAUUAUUCCAUUGAUCCUGAAAAGAAAAUGUUGAUUCAUAAUGCAUAAAGGAUGAAUCGGCUGAGUGAUCAAGUUACAUUUUGGCAUGGGGUACGAAUCCAAUUAGUUGAGAAUAAGGUUGCAUUUGUGAGACUCCCACGAACC